AAAUGGUCUUCAUCCUAAGUUCGAGAAUAGGAGAGCAGCACUUUAUGGUAGUGAGAAGUUGCCCAGUCUAGAGCAAGCAAUUGCUGCAAUUAUAAGCGAGGAAACUCGGUUGAAAUUGGAGACAACAUGACCCAUGGCCCAAGGUGUCUCACAAAGGCGUUCAGCUCUCCUUGCUGUCGAGAGUGGUAAUUAUCCAAGACCAGGAGCAAAUACUCAUGAGAAGAAGUGCUUUGAAUGUGGCCAGCCAGGACACUUCAAGGCAGCCUGCCCACAACUAAUAGGAGGAGGUCGUGGUAGAGGCCUGGACUGGCAUGGCAGAGGACGUGGUCGCGGGCUUGAUGGACGUGGUGGUGGUCGUGGAAGAGGUAUGCAGUCAAUAGGAAGGGCACACACUUCUGCUGUUGUUGAAGAACCAUCUAGGACUGUGAGCAUCGAGAUGACUGCCGAUGAGUUAGAGAAAUGGCGUCAACUAAAGAAUUUGAGCCUUGGUGAUCUGCGGCCCUCGGAGACACAUGCAUCAUCUUCGUCAGCCAACUUCGCUGGAACUUGGGACUGGAUGAAAGCUUGGGACGGGGAGCAUGCGUGAUGGGUUAUAUUACCUGGAUAAUAAGAUAUUCCCUACUGUGGCUGCUGCAGUGUCCUCCUCACCCCUAGAAGAAUUUCUACUUCAACAUCGUCGCUUGGGACAUCUAUCUUUUGCUACUCUGGGUCAGCUCUACCCUAAUCUUUAUUGUAAAAUUAGCAAGGAACAACUAAUGUGUGAUGCUUGUCAGUUCGGAAAGCAAACUAGGAGCUCUUAUUUGUCAUCUGAUAACAGAAGUGAUGUACCUCUACAAACUAUACACUCAGAUGUAUGGGGUCCCAGUGGGGUGACAUCGAUAAAUGGUUAUCACUAUUUUGUUACA